AUGCGUAUCGACAAGGAUGAUAUAACAGACGACGAGAAGGAUCUCCUUGCUCGUGUCCGGAAUCCUUCAGACCGGCAGAACAUCAGUUAUACACGUCUCGUGCGCACUUUCUACGGCGAAGGCUCAGAUGCAAACUUUGCAGAGCUCAUCUUCAAGGCUGAGUUUGACGAACCCGUCUUCGACAAUGCCGCCCUUUACGAUGCUGGGUCGAACGAUGGAUUACAGUCGCUGCAUAAUAUUCUCACCCGUAUCCCCCAGAUUGUCGAGAGAACGCCAUAUUCUGCAAUCUGGUCCGAUGAAAGAAAGCAGGAAGCCCUAGAGGAGGCUUUCAAGUUUGACCUCGCUGUAGCGCUAGUCCACCAAGCGGCCAGAUGGGAGAAUGUGCUCAUCUACGAUAAGGAAGCAAAUGAUAAGGGGAACUUGCUGCUGGUGUAUAUCGAUGAUCAUGGCCGGGUCCUACGCUACUCCCGGUUGGAUGGAGCUGGUGACUUGCAGGAUGCUGACGGUAUGCUAUGUUCAGGCCAGGAUUUCAUGCAUGCAUGGUGGGAGGACGGUCGCUACGGGGAGGACUGGCAGCCCGAUCAACUUGCGAAGCGAUGGGGCGAGAUUGAGCACGUACCCUCGGAGGGCGCUAGGACGAAUGUAAUUACCGAGGAAAAGCCGACAUAA